AUAGAUACUGUUCCAUGCAAGUACUAUAUAUGUAGCCAUAACCAAAGUGGAAAUUCUCAAUUCUCAUAUUAUAAUUCCAACUUCAAAGGCUUAAUUAAUUUUGUUACCUGAAAAAAUGGCUCCAAACCUUGUGGGUGAGACAAAAAAAUCUACUAAUACUCAAAAGGGCAUAGAAUUAGGGAGGUCAUGUGCUUAUGUGACAUUCUUAGCGGGUAAUGGUGAUUAUGUGAAAGGGGUGGUGGGUUUAGCAAAGGGAUUAAUAAAAGCCAAAUCUAUGUAUCCUUUGGUGGUGGCGAUUUUACCCGAUGUGCCGGAGGAACACCGGAUACUACUAAGGAGUCAUGGUUGUAUAGUGAGGGAGAUAGAGCCACUUGCACCUUCAAUGGACUCAUCGGAUAAAUAUGCUAGAUCAUAUUAUGUUCUCAACUACUCCAAACUUCGGAUUUGGCAGUUUGUGGAGUACAGUAAGAUGGUAUACUUGGACGGAGACAUGCAAGUUUUUGAGAACAUAGACCAUCUUUUCGACUUUCCUGACAAAUAUUUCUAUGCCGUGGCCGACUGCAUAUGUGACAUGUAUGGGCAGCCAUGUCCUGAGGUUCUGCCGUGGCCCAAAGAGUUGGGCUCAAGGCCACCUAUCUACUUCAACGCAGGCAUGUUUGUCUUUCAGCCGAAUCUCUCCAUUUAUGUCCGUCUCUUGAACACCCUCAAAGUUACCCCACCCACCCAAUUUGCCGAACAGGACUUUCUGAACAUGUUCUUUAAAGACAAGUACAAGCCAAUUCCUUAUGUAUACAAUUUAUUGCUGGCCAUGCUAUGGCGCCACCCGGAGAAAAUCAACGUCAACAAAGCGAAAGCAGUCCACUACUGUUCGCCAGGAGCUAAGCCGUGGAAAUACACUGGCAAGGAAGAACAUAUGGAUCGAGAAGAUAUCAAAAUGCUAGUGAAGAAAUGGUGGGACAUUUAUAAUGAUCAGACACUGCAUCACAAGCAGGGUUCUCUUCGGAUUGCUGGAGCUGAGGGUCAAGUGGAAGCAAACAGAUUAAAGGCUGCAGCCUUUUCUGAUACAAACAUCAGUACCUUAUGUCUUACUAACCCAUCAGCUGCUUAGCUAAUAUAUCUGGAAGCUUCAAGUGAACGAUAUCCUCUUUUAUGUUAGUUGGAGAAACACUGCCACUUGUUUAUUUCUUGGCAGGUUUUGUUUUAAUUUGGUGACUAAUAAGGCAAGGUUUUUUGUUCAUCUGCCACUUAUAUAGGUGUGUCCUGGAAUCUUAGUGGUCAUUAGGAAGUUCAUCGAGAGCAUAUAUAUGCAGCAUAUAUAUAAUGUAUCAGCAACCACCGGUCCUCGACUGUGUGAAGCUACCAUGUUCCUUUUUUGUUUUUGAG